AUGGACAUUGGGAUGAGAACAACCAGUACAUGUAAUAGGUUUCAAAUAGAUGAAAUGCCAUGUGCGCAUGCCUUGGUAGUGAUGAAAGAGAUGUAUCUUGACCCACAAAAUUACUGUUCAGAUUACUACAACACAAAGAACUGGCUGGAAACCUAUGAAGCAGCGGUAUAUCCAGUAAGAAAUCAAAGCAGUUGGGACAUUCCACAAGAAAUCAAGGAUAAUGAAAUAUUGCCACCACUUGAAAGGGUGAAAGCGGGAAGACCAAAGAAGAAAAGAACAAGACCUAGUUGGGAGACAAAGACACAAAUCAAAUGCACAAAAUGUGGAAGAAAAGGAUACAACAGGAGGACAUCCAAUAACCCAAGUAUAGAAUGA